AUGGGCGAAUCCAAAACCAAGACCUUGCUCCGAGGAACUCGCGCCAUCCUAAGCUACCGCCGCGAACGAGACCUCCUCAUCAAGCAAGUAACUUCCAUAAUCGCAAGGCUCCAAACGCGACCCCAAGGCUCCGAUCUCGUGGAAAUCACCCUCAACAUCGGAAGUCUCUCCAUGCAAGCCAACAAAGUCAAAUGGGCAUCCGAGAACCUCACCGCCGAAGCAAAGGACAUGAGAUACGUGACUUCCCAACCCUACCCAGACUUCUUCGACAAGGUCAUUCCAAAACGCUGCGUUCAGCUCAGCGCUGUUUCAAAGCACUACUACCAUGCCCUCGUCACCCAUGCCCUCCACCCAAUCAAGAGAAUCGAAGAGAUUGAACGGACCGCUGCCGUCGAUCUCCAUGUAUCACUUGCUAACUUGACCCAUUCUUGA